AUGUCUCCUCCAGCUUUGAUUGAAGAUGGUCUAACCAACAAAUGGAGCAACGACGAGUGGCAGAGUCUCAGAGUUUCUCCCGGAGAAAACCCUAACCCUAACUCUUCUUUCAAUUUCUUGGUGAAGAAUGCGGAUAUGCAGAACCAGCUGACAGUUUCACGCACAUCUGUAAAAGAUGAAAGCUUCAGAAUGGUCUUACCUCUCGCGAUGUCUCCUCCAAGAGACAACGCCGUGCCGCUUCCUGUUCUUCCUGAGCCGAUGAUGAAUUCAAGGAAGAAACUUAGCCACCAAGAAACCAUGUUUUAUGAAGAAGAAGAUUUUAAGUGCGGUGCCUUUUGUUUAUCCUUCCCUGGAUUUGGGAAGCCAAAACCAGUUAGGUCACCAAAAAGCGAAGAUUCUCCUAUAAAGAAGAAAAUGAUCAAAGCAACAUCGUUCUCAAACUCUGCUGUCUCCCUAAGUGCCUCGCUUGAGAAAUUCGAGUGUGGCUCAUUGGCUUCAACGACUGUGGCUAUGGCCAGAGAAAACGGUCGAUUGUACUUCGAUCUACCGGUGGAGAUGAUCAAAUGUGGCCGUGUAAGCAGCGGAGAUGUGCAAGAACCAGUGAGUUUGGGUUUCUUCUUCGACAAGGAAACAGAAAGUCCAGCUUUGAGAAGUGUUCUAAAGACUUCUUUUUCGGUAAGGCAACAAAGGGCUUCGGCUGAGACAUCACCGCAACGCCGUGUUAGGUUUUUGACCACGACCUCGGUUUCAUGCCCGACUUCACCAAGAUCGUGUAUCACCCCGCGGCUGCUUAAAGCUAGAGAUGACUUCAAUGCGUUCUUAGCAGCACAGAACGCGUGAAACCCUAAAAAAGCAGAGCAGUAUAAUAAGACUUAACGAUAAUAUAUGUUCGUAUCUAUGAAUGAGCGGUAUGUAUAUAUCAAUGGAGAGCGAAUAUUUGCGAUUAUUAUUUAGAUUGGAGUCUCUGCCUAACCAUAUUAUGAGCAUCAAAUAUAAGGUUUCUUAGGUCCAAGUCUUUGCGUAAACAGAUCAUUGAAGGAUUAUAAUUUAUAAGUAUGAUAACUCGAAAUUGUUUUUGUAUUGGUACAUU